CAGGCAGGAAGCAGGCGGAACCUUUCUGGCGCGUCUCUAGCUAACACGCACGCCGGGGACAGUUUAGAACUCCGCGCACCGUUCUGCGGGAGUCUUGCAGUUUGCUUGGUGCAGGGAAGGCGGGCGCGGAGGUUCUAUCUGUUUCUUCCUCCUUCGUGAGCAGCAUGGACGUGCUAGCGGAGGAGUUUGGGAACCUGACUGCGGAGCAGCUGGCGGCGCCGAUCCCGACUGUUGAGGAAAAAUGGAGGCUGCUUCCAGCAUUUUUAAAGGUGAAAGGCCUUGUGAAACAGCAUAUAGAUUCAUUUAAUUAUUUCAUUAAUGUAGAGAUAAAGAAGAUAAUGAAAGCCAAUGAAAAGGUUACAAGUGACGCUGACCCUAUGUGGUACUUAAAAUAUCUUAAUAUCUAUGUUGGGCUUCCUGAUGUUGAAGAAAGCUUCAAUGUAACUAGACCAGUGUCCCCUCAUGAGUGCCGUUUGAGAGACAUGACAUACUCUGCCCCUAUUACAGUGGAUAUUGAAUAUACCCGAGGCAGCCAGAGGAUCAUCCGCAAUGCCUUACCUAUCGGCAGAAUGCCCAUAAUGCUACGUAGUUCAAACUGUGUUCUUACAGGAAAAACCCCAGCAGAAUUUGCCAAACUGAACGAAUGUCCCUUAGAUCCAGGUGGCUAUUUCAUUGUUAAAGGAGUAGAAAAAGUUAUUCUUAUCCAAGAGCAGCUGUCUAAGAACAGGAUCAUCGUGGAGGCUGAUAGAAAAGGGGCCGUUGGAGCUUCAGUUACCAGCUCUACCCAUGAGAAAAAAAGCAGAACCAAUAUGGCUGUGAAACAAGGACGAUUUUAUUUGAGGCAUAAUACUUUGUCAGAAGAUAUACCCAUUGUCAUCAUAUUUAAGGCCAUGGGUGUUGAGAGUGACCAGGAAAUUGUGCAGAUGAUUGGAACAGAGGAGCACGUGAUGGCUGCAUUUGGGCCCAGUCUGGAAGAGUGCCAGAAAGCUCAGAUUUUCACACAGAUGCAGGCAUUAAAAUAUAUAGGGAACAAAGUAAGAAGGCAAAGGAUGUGGGGAGGUGGACCAAAGAAAACCAAAAUAGAAGAAGCAAGAGAGCUCCUGGCUUCCACCAUUCUGACCCAUGUCCCAGUUAAGGAAUUCAAUUUCCGAGCCAAAUGUAUCUAUACUGCAGUGAUGGUGAGAAGAGUUAUUCUGGCCCAAGGAGAUAAUAAAGUUGACGACAGAGAUUAUUAUGGUAACAAGCGACUGGAAUUGGCAGGACAGCUUUUGUCUCUUCUUUUUGAAGACUUGUUCAAAAAAUUUAAUUCUGAAAUGAAAAAGAUUGCCGACCAGGUGAUUCCUAAGCAAAGAGCAGCCCAGUUUGAUGUUGUCAAACACAUGCGCCAAGACCAGAUCACCAAUGGCAUGGUGAACGCUAUUUCUACUGGAAAUUGGUCUCUAAAGAGAUUUAAAAUGGACCGCCAGGGUGUAACCCAAGUGCUGUCUCGCUUGUCAUAUAUAUCCGCACUGGGCAUGAUGACAAGAAUCUCUUCCCAGUUUGAAAAAACGAGAAAAGUGAGUGGUCCUCGCUCCCUCCAGCCAUCUCAGUGGGGAAUGCUGUGUCCUUCGGACACUCCUGAAGGAGAGGCAUGUGGUUUGGUUAAAAACUUGGCCCUUAUGACACACAUCACAACUGAUAUGGAAGAUGGACCCAUUGUUAAAUUAGCCAGUAACUUGGGAGUAGAAGAUGUGAAUUUAUUAUGUGGGGAAGAGCUUUCUUACCCAAAUGUGUUUCUUGUCUUUCUUAAUGGUAACAUCUUAGGUGUCAUUCGAGACCACAAAAAGCUGGUGAAUACAUUUCGACUCAUGAGAAGAGCAGGAUAUAUCAAUGAAUUUGUUUCCAUCUCAACAAAUCUUACAGAUCGUUGUGUCUAUAUUUCUUCUGAUGGGGGAAGGCUAUGCAGACCCUACAUAAUUGUCAAGAAACAGAAGCCAGCAGUCACAAAUAAACAUAUGGAAGAGCUGGCCCAAGGGUACAGGAAUUUUGAAGAUUUCUUACAUGAGAGUCUGGUUGAAUAUUUAGAUGUGAAUGAAGAAAAUGAUUGUAACAUUGCACUGUACGAACACACAAUUAAUAAAGACACCACCCACUUGGAGAUUGAACCCUUCACUCUUCUCGGCGUGUGUGCUGGACUGAUCCCAUACCCUCACCAUAACCAGUCACCGAGAAACACUUAUCAGUGUGCCAUGGGGAAACAAGCCAUGGGUACUAUAGGAUACAACCAGCGAAACAGAAUUGAUACUCUCAUGUAUCUACUAGCAUAUCCACAAAAACCCAUGGUUAAGACAAAAACCAUUGAAUUGAUAGAAUUUGAGAAACUGCCAGCUGGACAGAAUGCAACAGUUGCUGUGAUGAGCUAUAGUGGCUAUGAUAUUGAAGAUGCUCUUGUAUUAAACAAGGCCUCUUUAGACAGAGGCUUUGGGCGUUGCCUUGUAUAUAAAAAUGCUAAGUGUACAUUGAAACGAUACACCAAUCAGACUUUUGAUAAAGUGAUGGGGCCCAUGUUGGAUGCUGCUACAAGGAAACCUAUCUGGCGACAUGAAAUCUUAGAUGCAGAUGGUAUUUGUUCUCCAGGUGAGAAAGUAGAAAACAAACAAGUGCUUGUAAAUAAGUCCAUGCCCACAGUGACUCAGAUUCCUUUGGAGGGAAGUAAUGUACCACAGCAACCGCAGUACAAAGAUGUACCCAUAACCUACAAAGGAGCAACAGACUCCUAUAUUGAAAAAGUGAUGAUAUCUUCAAAUGCUGAAGAUGCUUUUCUGAUCAAAAUGCUGCUGAGACAGACAAGGCGUCCAGAAAUUGGAGACAAAUUCAGCAGUCGUCAUGGACAAAAAGGUGUUUGUGGCUUGAUCGUCCCCCAGGAAGACAUGCCAUUUUGUGAUUCUGGCAUCUGUCCGGACAUCAUCAUGAACCCACAUGGCUUCCCAUCACGAAUGACGGUGGGGAAGCUCAUUGAGCUGCUGGCUGGCAAGGCCGGUGUGCUGGAUGGCAGAUUCCACUACGGCACUGCAUUUGGAGGCAGUAAAGUGAAGGAUGUGUGUGAGGACCUCGUUCGCCAUGGUUAUAACUACUUGGGGAAAGACUAUGUUACAUCCGGCAUCACAGGUGAGCCCUUAGAAGCAUACAUCUAUUUCGGUCCCGUGUACUAUCAGAAGCUGAAACACAUGGUGCUGGAUAAAAUGCAUGCCCGGGCCCGGGGCCCACGAGCCGUCCUUACCAGGCAACCCACUGAAGGACGGUCUCGCGAUGGUGGCUUGCGUCUUGGGGAAAUGGAACGUGACUGUUUAAUCGGUUAUGGAGCCAGUAUGCUUUUGCUAGAGAGACUAAUGAUUUCAAGUGAUGCCUUUGAGGUUGAUGUCUGUGGGCAGUGUGGACUUCUGGGGUAUUCUGGCUGAAACGGGAUUUCACCAUGUUGCGCAGGCUGGUCUUCAACUCCUAGACUCAAGUGAUCUGCUUGCCUCAGCCUCCCAAAGUGCUGGGGGAUUACAGGCGUGAGCCAACGCGUUCAGCCUAGUUUUUGUUUUUUAAAGAAAUAGUUACUGUAAGGGAAGGAAAAUACAUGGUAAGUGGGACAGGAAUGGGAUAUGAAAUCCUUAACAUACUUUGUUUCAUAGAUUUUUUUGUGUGUAUAUUUGACUUUGAAAACAUGUAAAUAAGUUAUAUUUUUUUAAAAAAACAUUCGUUUCAAAAUGAAAAUAAAAAAACUAAAUUUAAAAAGUUAAAUGAAUCAACUUCCAAUUUUAGCCCUUGAAAUCAGAAGUUGUUACUCCCAUUCUAGACAAACUGAAAAGCAAUGACUUUUUUGGAUCCACUAGAGAACUGAGGUUGCCAGGCAAGUGCCACCCCAGAACAUAGAGUGACCGAAGGAUCCAAAGAGUCACAGCCAAGAUCUACUUAUCUGGAACAGAAGUCACUGGAGCCAUGAACUAAUAGGAUGUUUAAAUGGUCAUUUUCUUGAAUUGUUGAAGGUUAAGUGUGGAUUAGCAUAAUAGGAAGACAUUCCUGGGGACCUCAAUCUUAAGGGCACCCUCAAAAUUUCAUGGGCUUUACCUCUAGCAACCCUGCCAGGCUUUCAUGGUGAAGAUCUAAGAAAGAUCCCCUAGUGGCUCUAUCACGGAGAGGAAAAGACUAAUAAUUGUGAAAUAUGUUCAGAGCUUUUUCCGUAAUAAAGGCCUAUUCUCCAGAGUAAAAAUCUUCAUCAGAACCUUGUCCCAGAGCCUUUAGGGAAGAGUGUCCCAUUCCAGCCCCCUCUAGCCUCUCGGUCUCACCUAAGGGAAAGGGGAAAAGAGAAGCUAUAGAAGAAUACUUGUGAAAAUUAUAGUUCAGGCUGGGUGUGGUGGCUCACACCUGUAAUCUCAGCACUUUGGGAAGCCGAGGUGAGUGGAUCACUUGAGAUCAGGAGUUCAAGACCAACCUGGUCAACAUGGUGAAACCCUGUUUCUACUACUACAAAAAAAAAAAAAAAAGUUAGCUGAGUGUGGUGGCCCAUGGCCAUAGUUCCAGCUACUCAGGGGGCUAAGGUAGAAGAAUUGCUUGAACUCAAGAGGCAGAGAUUGCAGUGAGACAAGAUUGUGCCACUGUGCUCCAGCCUGGGCAAUAGAGUAAGACUCCCAUCUCAAAACAAAAAACAAAACAAAACAAAAAACAGUUCAGAGACACAGGCCCACUAAAAGGUUUAAUUAGAAUAUUAUAGAAGGCUCCCCCUCACUCACACCUUACAACAACACCAACAGGAUUCCAGUAUAAUAAUAGGUUACAGAUGACAUCUUACAGCUGCGGGACUCAGACUGUAUCUGAGGAAGAGGAAUACUUUAGGGAAGCCUGACGUCAAGAGGGAAGAUAAAAACAAGGACACUGAAGGAGUUUGAAGCCUCUGAUACCUGACUACCUCUGACAUCUCUGACACUAGACUACAGCAAACAUUAAACAAAGUCCACCUCCUAUUCCAAUUAAUGUAGAUCUUCACACUAAUGGCUCAGUUCCUGUUACCUAAUGCAACAUGUCCAGCUUUCAACAAAAAAAUUAUAAGGUGGCCGAGUGUGGUGAUUCACGCCAGUAAUCACAGCACUUUGGGAGGCCAAGGUGGGUGGGUCACCUGAGGUCAGGAUUUCUAGACCAGCCUGGCCAACGUGGCGAAACCCCGUCUCUACUAAAAAAAAAAAUAUACAAAAAAUUAGCCAGGCAUGGUGGCGCAUGCCUGUAGUCCCAGCUACUUGGGAGGCUGAGACAGGAGAAUCACUUGAACCCAGGAGGCGGAGGUUGCAGUGAGCUGAGAUCAUACCAUUGCACUCCAGCCUGGGUGACAGAGCGAGACUCCUUCUCAAAAAAAAAAAAAAAAUUAUAAGGCAAGAAAAAAAUACUCUGAAGAGACAAGGCAAGCACUAGAACCAGACUCAGGUAUGACACAGAUGUUGGAAUUGUCAGACAGGGAAUUUAAAAUAACGGUAAUUAAUAUGUUAAGAGCUCUAGUGGAAAAAGUAAGCAACAUGCAAAAGCAGAUGGACAAUUUAAGCAGAGAGAUGGAAGUUCUAAGAAAAGAUCUAAAGGAAAUACUAGAAAUCACAAACACUGUUAACAGAAAUGAAGAAUAUUUUUGAUGAAUUCUUUCAUAGACUUGACAUAGCUGAAGAAAGAAAUUAGCAUGCGUGAAGAUAAGUCAAUAGAAACUUCCCAAACAGAAAUGCAAAGACAAUGGGAAAAAAAAACAGAAGAGAAUAUUUAAGAACUGUGGGACAGUUUUCAAAAUAUGUAACGUACAUAUAAUUAGGAUAUCAGAAGGAGAAGAAAAAAACAGAGAAAAAUAAAUAUUUGAAGUAAUAAUGAUAAAGAACUUUCUAAAAUUAAUGACAGACACCAAAUCACAGAUCCAGGAAGCUCAGAUAAUACCAAGCAGAAUAAAUACAAAAACAAAAACAAAAAAACACUCCACUUACGCAUAUCACAUUUAAAAUGCAAAAACAAAACAAAAAACAAAGAGAAAAUUGGAAAAAAAAAAAAAAAACCUCACCCAUAAAGGACCAAGAAUAAGAAUUACAAUAAACUUAUCAGUAACCAUGCAAAUAAGAAGAGAAUGGAGUGAUAUAUUUAGUGUUAUGAGGAAAAAACACCAACCAAAAAUUCCAUAUCCAGCAAAAUUAUUCUUCAAAGGUGAAGGAGAAAUAUAGACAUGCUUUAACAAAAACUGAAGGAAUUCAUUGUCAUCAGAACUUCUUUACAAGAAGUUCUUCAAAGAGAGAGAAAGUGAUAUCAGAAACUCAGAUCUAGCCAGGCACUGUGGCUUACACCUAUAAUCUCACCUACUUGGGAGGCUGAGACCAGGAGUGCAAGGCUGCAGUGAGCUGUAAUUAUGCCACUGUACUCUGGCCUGGGCGACAAAGUGAGACCCCAUAUCUAGUAUUAGAAAAAAAAAAAAGCCUGGCCAACGUGGUGAAACCCCAUCUCUACCAUAAAAUACAAAAACUAGCCAGGCAUGAUGGCACAUGCCUGUAAUCCCAGCUACUUGGGAGGCUGAGACCAAGAAUUGCUUGAACCCAGGAGGUGGAGGUUGCAGUGAGCCAAGAUCACACCACUGCACUCCAGCCUGGGUGACAGAGUGAGACCCUGUCUCAAAAAAACAAAAACAAAAGAAAACAAAACAAAAGCAAAAACUCAGAUCUAUGUAAAGAAAAUAAGAACGUUGGAGAAAGUUUAAAGGUAAAAUAAAAUCUUUCAUUUCUCUUGAUCUAAAAGAUUACUGCAGUUUAAGGGAAUAAUAUUAACAAUAUAAUGGGUGUUUAUAGCAUAUAGAUAAGUAAAUAAAUGACAACAAUGUCAUGAGGGACAGUAGAGAAGAAUUGGGAAUGUUCUGCUAUAAAGUGCCUGUGUUACAGGUGAAUAAUGCUAUUUGAGCGUGAACUUACAUUAGUUAGAAAAGUAUGUUGAAAACUCUAGAGCAAUCAAUAACAUUUUUUUAAACCAAGUAUAAUGCACUGAGAGAGAAGAGAAAAUGCACAAUUAAAACCAAAGAAGAUAAUAAAAGAAGCCUCUGACAAUGGAUAGAAAACAGUUACAAAUAUAGUUGACAUUCCCAGAAAUAUAUUAAUAAUCGCUUUAAAUAUGAAUGUCUAAAUAUACCAAUUAAAAGAUUAUCAAAGUAGAUUUUAAAAAACUAGAUUCAAUAUAUGUUGUCUACAGAAACAUAUUUUUAAUAUAAAGACUGACAGAUUACAAGUAAUGGGGAUAGAGAGAGAUAUCCUGGGCAACAUGGUGAAAACGUCUCUACUAAAAUAUGAAAAAUUAGCCAGGCGUGGCAUGCACCUUUAGUCUCAGCUACUCGGGAGGCUGAGGCAGGAGAACUGCUUGAACCCAGGAGGCAGAGGUUUCAGUGAGCCGAUAUCGCACCACUGCACUCCAGCCUGGGCAACAGAGCGAGAUUCCAUCGAAAGAAAAGAAAGCUGGAAUAACUCUACUAUUUUCAGACAAAACAGACUUCAGAACAAGAGAAAUUAUCAGGAACAAAGAAGAGCACUAAAUAAUAAUGAAAGGAUCAAUUUUCCAAGAAGAUAUAACAAAUGAAUAAAGCUGAUAAUUUAUCCAUAUUUUUUCCCCAAGGGAUUUUGAAACAAUUAUUUGACUGUAUAGCUUGUGCAAAAUACACUCUAAUGACAAAGAGCACUGUAAUAAAAUGACCUUAAACUGUUUUCCAUAAUCAUAUUGUUAGUAAUAAUACAGUAUUGUAAUUUUGAAACUAUUAUACACACGCACAACUAUAAAGAACACUGUCCUUUCAGGACUCAUAGCCAAGUGCAAGAGACAGACAUAAAAGCUAAUAAUCAUGGCAACAUGAUAAAUAAUAUAAUAGAGAUAUGAACAAGAUUCGAGGAUAAUAGCCAGGAGGAAAUACUGAACUUUUUGUGAUAAGGCCAGGCAAAGCUUCCCGGAAGAAGUAACAAUUGCACUAUAUAUGAAUUUCUAGUACAAAGUGAGAACAGCAAUCCAGGCCGAGAUAAUUUACAAAGACAAAGGCAUGGCUUGGUUGGAAAGCUACAAAAUUGCCUUGACAGGAUUGAGGAACAUUGUAUGCCCAGAAAAGAAGCCUAGAAAUAUAGAGAAGUGAGCCACAAAAGUAGACAAAAAGGGCCUUGUGUGCCAAUAUAAAGAGCUUAGACUUGAACCUGUGAAUGAUGAUACACCAUGGACAAUUAAUAUCAGGUAAGGGAUAUAAUCAGAUUUCCCUUAGAGAAAGAUUACUUAACAGUGCUAUAGAGGCUGGAGGGUGUUUUAAAAGAGAGGGAGACUAGAGGCAGAGUCUACCAUUUUAAAAGCUUACCAUAUGCCCUAAAUACCAUUUCCCACUGAAAGGAACCGGGAUUCCUUAUAGCUGAUUCCACAUCUAAGGCAAAAAAAAUAAAAUAAAAGAUGAGCCUGGGUCAUCUUGUCAUGCCAGAGGCAAGGAAGCCAUCAAAAGCCACAAGGGGCAUGUCAAAAGGCUUGGGGGCCAAUUGAAAGAUAGGAUAAUUUUAGUGUAAAAAGAAUAAUGGAUUGAAGCAUCUCAAAUUUGUUAAAUUCUUUAAGAUCAUAAUACUACUACAACAAAAUAUCCAAUGAGGGCCACCUUUGGAAGAAGUUAGGGAACAAAAUUAUUAUUGUAAAACCUGUUAAGUAAAGGGGGAAAUCAAAUAUUUAUCCUGCCUUUGUUAUAUUAACUCUAUCUCAAGUCAACAAAAUACUGGAUGGAAAUAAUUUUUAUAGAGAAUUCCAGCUAUACAUGCAGAAGGGAUGAUAAAAUCAAAUACUACUGUUUUGCAGGCCCUAAGAAAAAAUAAUGGAUCUAAGUAAUGGUCAUCAAUGGCUGUUAAAACCACUAGGUGAACAACUGAUGAGGAAAUUUAUAAAAAUGGAUCAGGUUGGUAACACCUGAACCCAUUGAUCUUCUUAACACAGAGAGACAUUAUGUGAAUCCCAAUGUUAUGUAACAGAAAGUACACACCACCACCCAUGUGCUACUCUUGCCAAAACCUUGAAUCUGAACCUGAUCAAGUCUCUAGACCCAACUACCAAUUUACAGACACUACAGGGGACAGAGGAGCAUGUGAAACAACCCAGCAGUGAUACAAUUAGCAGAUUGCAGAAUGUUGGGCACGCAACAGGACAAAUGAUUUUGUCACUAAAUAAGAAGGAAUAAAAUAAGGACAGGAAACCUCCAUAUUUAAAGAGACCUAAGAGAUAUAGCAAACAAAUGCAUUGCAUGGAUUUGUCUUGGAUCUUAAUUCAAACCAACUUAAAUUAUCAGAUAGGCAAAUUUUGACAGUAAGUAGUUGAUGGUUAUGGAAUUAUUAUUGAUGUUUUAGGUGUGAUAAUGAUAUGGUUGUGUUUUUUUAAAAAAUAUCCUUGUAUUUUAUAGAUACAUGCUGAGAGUGUUUAUGGAUGAAGUAUAUGAUGUCUGGAUUUGUGUUAAAAUAAACCUGUCAGAGGUGAAGGGCCAGGGAGGGUAAUAGGGUAGAUUUACAGAUGAAUCGACACUGAUCCCAUGUUGAUAAUAAUUGCCUUAUGGUUACUUUCUUAUGAGGGUUCUCUGUAUUACUGCCUCUUAUUUUAUAUUUAUUUGAAUUGUUUUAUAAUAAAAUUUUCUUGAAGUACA